UAUAAAAUGUUCCAAGGAUAUCAAAAAUUCAAGGAUAAUGAGGAGGAUCAAUACCAGUACGCCGGUACCGAGGAGAAUGAGCGUCUGGUUCCAAGCAUCGACGGUACAAACUCACCGCUGAGCAAUAGUGUCGGAUCGCCAAACAACAUUGAGAUCAUCAAUGACGAGUCGGGCGAGGCCAGCUCAAACAACGCAUUCGACGAGUACAGCUACCCCUACUCGCCGGCACAGACCGAGCUGGUGUUCCGUCGCCACGCCAAGCAGACCGAGGACCUGCGCAACAUCCUGACACAGAAGCGCAUGGAUCAGACCGAGAUCGCCACACUCAAGAGCAAGCGACACAGAGGUUUCUACAUCAAGCAGAACGAGCUGAUCGACCAGUUCCUGUCGCCGCUCGACGAGACGCCCCAGGACGACGACGAGGACGACUUCAAGGUCAAGAUGGCCAUCAACGGCUCGCUGCUCGUCAACGUCGUGCUUUUCGCCAUGCAGCUCACGGCCACCCUCAUCACUGGAUCGCUGUCUCUUGCGUCGACAUCGAUCGACUCCUUCAUGGACUUGCUGAGCGGCUUCAUUCUCUUCAUGACUGCUCGCGCACGCAAGAAGCAAAACUACUUCAAGUACCCCACGGGCAAGUCGCGCAUGGAGCCCGUCGGCAUCAUUAUCUUUGCGGCGCUCAUGUCCACCGUGUCGUUCAAUCUGAUCAUCGAUGGCAGCACCAAGCUCAUCAAGCAGGACUCUGAGGAGCUGACGCUGGGCGUCAUGCCCAUCACCUUUGUCGUCGUGGCCAUUGGCUGCAAGAUUCUGAUGUACCUCUAUUGCCGCGUGCUCACUCACUCGUCGUCCGCCAUGACCCUGGCGCUGGACCACAGAAACGACAUCACCGUCAACUCGUUCGGUAUCGUCAUGGCCAUCCUGGGCACGUACGUCAGAUGGUGGCUCGACCCAAUUGGUGCGCUGCUCGUCGCCGCCAUCAUUCUCCGUUCGUGGACGUCGCAGGCCUAUGAGCAGAUCGAAUUGCUCGUUGGCAAGUCCGCCUCGCCAGAGUUCCUCCAGCGUCUCACCUACAUUGCCGUCUCCCACAGUCCAGAGGUACUCAAAGUAGACACCUGUCGUGCCUUCCACGUUGGUAACAACCUAUUCGUUGAGGUCGAUAUUGUUCUCCCACCAAAUAUGCCAUUGAUCAAGACUCAUGACAUUGGAGAAUCACUCCAGAUCAAGUUAGAGACGUUGCCAGAGGUAGAGAGAGCGUUUGUUCACGUGGACUAUGAGUUCAGACAUAAGCCAGAGCACAAGAGGAUCAACUAA